AUGCCUAAUUACAAGUUCACCUAUUUCGCUGUCAGAGGCAAAGGUGAAUUCAUCAGACAGCUCUUUGCGUUGGCUGAGGUCGAAUUCGAGGAUGAUCGAUUCUCUCUUGGACCCUCGGGACGAGCCUCCACUCUUGACAGGGCCAAAUGGGGAGAAUUAAAGAAAACAACCCAUUUCGGUCAACUGCCCGUGCUGAAGUUUGAUGGGAAACAGCUCGCACAAGCGAACGCAAUCGCCAAAUUUUUGGGAGCCGAAUUUGGUUUCAACGGCUCAAAUGCUUAUGAAGCGGCUUUGAUCGACUCGAUCGGGAUUGCCUACGAUGAUCUCUUUAAAGCCUGUCGUCCAUUCUAUCUAUCGUGGCACGGGGUCAGCGAAGAGUCAAUGGAUGAUGCUUACAAAACAUCCGUCGAACCGGGAAGGGACAAGUUUUUCCCGGCAAUUUCCAAAUUUCUUGGCAACUCCAAGUCGGGAUUCAUUGUAGGCGAAAAGAUCUCCUGGAUCGAUCUUUUGGUGGCCGAUCACUGUGAGACUUUCAUUCGCUACAAUGCUCACUAUCUUGACAAAUACCCCGAGGUGAAAGCUCACAUGGAAAAAGUUCACUCGAUUCCGGCGAUCAAAAAAUGGAUUCAAACGCGUCCGGACACCGAAAUU